GACGUGCCAGCUGCUGGAGUGGCCGCUUCCGACCCAGGCCCGCCUCCUGGACGCCUGGGUGGAGCGCUGGAGAGCCGGCGACGGCGGCUCGGAGGCGAACUUCUGGCGCCAGCGCACGGCGACGGCCAUACAGCACAAGCUGGAGCCCCCCAGGCGCGCCUGGGACCCGAAGGGAACCGGCGGGCGCAGAGGAGAGGACGGCCCCGAGGACGCGCCGGUGGGCAGUCCCGACCCGGGCAUCAGGGCGUUCGCCCUGCACGGGGAGGACUGGCAGGCGCUCCCCGACGGCGGCUCGCCGCCAGAGGGCCCCGACGGCGCGCCCCUGGCCAUCGCCAUCGCAGCGCAGCGGUCCUUCCCAGUGGGGCCGCUGGAGGCCCUGCACCUCGACCAGCUCAUCACCAGCCCGAACCCACCCCCCGGCAUGCGCGGGGCAGGCGCGGCGCUGGUGCGCUCGCUGCUCUCCUUCGCCACGGCGGUUGGCCGCGUGCUCACGGUCGAGCCACAGUCCGCGGCGCUGGAGUCGUACUUCGGCGGCCUCGGCUUCCGCCCGGCGCCCCAGAUCGACCCGUACCUGUGGUUUCUGAUGGACAGCUCCGCGGACGAGAGCGAAGGCGGGAGCGCCGUGGAGGUCCGCUACGUCUUCGCGGACGGCACCGACCACGACCGGCUCCUCGUGGCCUUCAAGAGGCCCCCGCUCUGGACCGCGAAGCAGGAGGAGGUGUUCAUCUGCUCGCGGCAGGACGCCCCACGGCUGGAGAUUGUGAACGUCCAGAUAUCGCAGGUGGAGUCUUACGUGAGCCCGAAGGCCACCGCCAGGCUGUUCAAGCGCGGCGGCGCGCAGCAGACGCACAAAGUUGGCCCCGCCGAGGCGGUGGAGCUUAGCGAGGCGGCGGGCGUCAUGCGCAACCCCGACCUGCUCGGCCUGCUGUCCUGGAGAGCGGUGGGGAGCAUGCGCGUCGACCCGGGCGCCGCCGCAGUGCACGGGGGCAGGUUCACGGUCCUUGGCCGCUGCAACGUGAGCCAGCGAGCCUACCCGCUUCCAGGCUUCGCCAGCCAAGGCAUAGACUUCGUCAUCGACGCUUGCGAGCUGCCCACCUGCGCCGAUCCAGUCUACAGCGUGUGGGCCAAGGCUCCACUGUCUUUGUUGGGCGACGUGGUGGAGGCGAUGAAGUCUGUGCUCGACAAGUAUCGCGUCCGCGCAAGUCUCUGCCCGUCUUCCACGGCUUGGAAUUUGGAGUUGGUACUUUCCGACGGCUUGACGGCUGCUGGCAUGGAUUUCGCAGAGUUCGAUGAUGAUGAGGACCUUGAGAUGACCAGGCUAGACGACGAGGGCGACAUGUUGGAGUUCGACCAGUUGGGGACCGCUUGGGGAAAGGCUGGCUUGGAGGCAAGCUGGAACCUGGAAGGCGGUCCAGACAAGCGUUGAGUUAUUGGCGCUGUUGCGCCCGGCGUGAAUUUGUGAUUCUGAGUGUUUGGACCACUGACCGCGAGAGGACACAGUCAAUCCUUUAGAACAGACGUUCUUCACCCAUCCACAUAAGGUGGUUGCGCCUCUAGGGCCGGGGGUAUGGUAUUGUCGAGGUGCUUGUUCGUGUUGAUGCUACAGUUUUCUUCUGCUCAGCAGGUGUUCGUCUGCGCGCCCAAAGGAUUGCUCAGCACCUUCAGCGUGCGAUUCGUGUUUCGAGCUGGUUUCAAAAUGGGCGUCGGACGCUGCAGGACCUGCCUUUGAUUAAUAAUGCAGCCUUGUUUUCUACCGAAGGAAAGUCGAGACGCUGCCGUGUGCGUACAUGGCACGUUGCAGGAAUGUGUACGUCUUUUGACGAAGCAGGGGCUGGCACUUCUUGCAAUUCCAACGGUACAUCUGCUCGUCUCUGGCAGGGCUCAAGCAAGAGCGGCGGAAGUUGGGCGGAAGGCAGCAUAAGCGAGGCCAAAAGCCACGCGAGACGUGCAGUCGUUCGUCCCAGGAUUACCCAUAGCGAUUCAUAGUUUGUGGCCUGUUGGAUGCGCGCUGCUCGGCGCGCAGGGCACAUCGACAGAGAUCGCCCCCGGCGCAGGCAUGAGCAGGAACACGCCGCCAGAGUGGCGGUGAUGGGGGGUUACUCGAUCCACCCUCGUCUCAUCAUGAUCAGUGUCUUCUGGCCUGAUUGGUCUGUCGUCCAGCACCGUCGGAAUGGCAGCCAGCGCGGACGGACGCACGGCGGAGUAUAGCCCCCCGCCGUGGCGCUCCUUCCUUGCUCAUCUCUCCUUCGUUGCUUCCUCCCUCUUCCUGACUGGGGGCAGUGGCACAUCGGGCGAAAAUUUGAGUUGAUGGCGCCGCAACGGCAGCUAUCACAGCAGCUAUCCAAUUCGCUUGCGGUCGGGAAGACAAGCACAGGCUGCGCUGUCCAGUCUUUGUCCAUGUUUGGUAAAGGCGUCAGACUGAUACAAAUUAUUCUGGUUAUCCGGAAACUCAUGCUCGCAUAUAGCCGAGCCUUUCAGAUCCGCCCACCACAACACGUAGAACAAAUGCAAAGAGGUUUGUAAGUCCGUUGCGAAAGUUGUGCAAUUUCGUAGCCAAGCUUCCGCAAAGCUGGAAAUACACGGACGCAGGACAUACGUGCAUGUGUAACCGUUUUGUUCGAAAUUGCGUGCAGCAUGACGCGACAAUGCGAGUGUCAACCAGGCGGGCUCUAAGUGCAUCGCGACAACUACUCAGAAUUUGAUUGGUUGCAGGGUACAUGGGCCGGCGAUGUCAUUCGAUGCGCCGUGAGUACCAGUUCGCGCGGGAGCGGUUUCGUAAUGGACAAAGGGUAGGCAGCGUCGUUAUUAUUGUUGAUUUCCGCAGCGCCCAUGCGGAGUGUUGAUGGAUAUCCGCCCUGUUGCAUGUGUACCCAUGUAUGUAGACGACGUGUCGGGUUCUGUUGACUUUGACGGUGGACCAGCCACACUCCAUUCGAUCUGUUAGUACAAGCCGAGUACAGUGCACAUGUUACGUAGACGUCUUGAGGACAAUAUGGAUGGCCUCGUGGGCGGUCUCGGACGCUGGGAAAACCGAAGAACCGAGCAUUCCGAAAUCCCAUGGAAGCCAUCAGAAUAUAC